GACGCUCUUUUAAAUUUUUCUUCAAAAGUGGUUAGUGACUGUGGAUACAGAUCUUAAUGGAAAUAAUUAUUAAUGUUUCUUGCCACUAUGAAAGUGUUACUGUGUUCCAGCAUGUGACAUGUCACAAAUAGAAUCACCUCACCAGAGUCUAUAAACAUAUCUAUACAAUGAGCCUUUUGUAUAGUGAGCCUUUUUUUGAAUCGCCCUUUCCUGUAGUUUGGAAAUGAUACUAAUAUUUUGUGUAUUUGAUACCCAAAAAGUGAUUCUAUAGCCGAAAAUUAGAUAUACAAAGGAACGGUAUGUAACCAUAAAACACUGAUUGUUUCACACUGUUAUCAGGACUCUGAGGGUGUAACAUAUUGAUGAUAAUCUCUAUGCCAGUAUAUCAUUUUUCCUUAGCUUUAAAGCUAAAUAUGACAGAGUUCAUUCACUGUCAUACCCAGAUAUCUUUGGCUUCAUUGGGGACAAUAAAUUUCAUCCUAUACACUAAUCAGCCAAAACAUGAUGACCACAUGCUUGAUAAGAGUGUUGGCUCACUUUUGGAACACAAUACAAGUGCUAUUCUGCAUGGCACUUAUUCAAUAAGUUCUUGGUAAUUUCUGGAGGUACAUGGAUGGUAGCAAAAGUGUGCAAAUGUCACGCAAUUCCUGUAAAUUACAGACCAGUGAUUAGUGGCCACAGAGCUGGCACCUGAUAGUACCCUGAUGGGUUCUAUUGAGUUCAGAUCUGGUGGAUUUGAUGGCCAAGAUAUUGAGGUUCACUGUCAUGCUUCUCCUUCAGGGAAGACAUUGGGCAUGAAGGAAUGUGUGUGUUCCACAGUAAAAAUAUGCUGUCUACAACUGUGACAGAGUCUUCAAUUACUACCGUAGGUACCAUGGAAGCCCAGGUGAAUAUCCCCCAUAGCAUAAUACUGCCCCCACUGGCCUGCAUUCAAAGUGCAGUUCCUGUUCCAAGUAACCAUUCACCUGGCUGACAGCAUAUCUGGGCAAGACCACUGACUUGUUAUAACAAGAAACAUGAUAUAUCCGAUCAGGUGAUCAAUUUUCAUUGAUCUGUGGUCAAAUAUUGAUCAUUCUUUGCUCACUGUAAUUGUAACUGAUGGUGUCUUUGGGUCAACAUGAGAACAAGUGGGAGUCAUGUGCUAGAGUCCCAUGUUCAGCAAUGUGCACUGAAUGGUAUGUUGCAAAACACUUGUACCUGCACCAGCAUUGUACUCUGUCAAUAGAUCUGCCACAUAUUGCCAUCUGUCCUACUUUACAGAUGGGAGCAAGCAUUUGAUCUCCAGAUUAGUGAUUAGGUGUGGAUGUCCAACAACUUGUGGCCUACACAUAGUUUUACUGUCCUUCAAUAUUUUUCUGUGGAGGCUCAUGACAGUUACACACAAAAAUGCUGCCAGUUUCUCCUGUUGAGAUAAUCGGUCCCAGAUACCAGAUCAUGUGCCCUUUGUCAAAGUCUUUUACAUCAGUGGAUAUCCCUACCUGCAGUCUUAAUCAUCACUAUAAUGAUUCUCUGUUCAUCUAUUCUUCACUUAUAUACUUUCCUUACCAUAUCGCAUCCCUACAAUGCCACCAGGCAACUUUGAAUUUAGCGAUGGACAGUUGUCAUAAAGUUUCAGCUUGCCAAUGUAGAUUCACGGUAUAGUGAUGUGCAAUUGUGAUUCAGUCAUAGCAUCAGUGGUAAUCAAGAAAGAAAUGGCAACAAAAAUAAACAUAGCAGUCUACAGGUUACGUAAAAUUCCCCUUAGUUUGCACAGGUUAUGUCUGAAACUGGAGAUAGAAAUAUUUGUCAUAAAUCUGUUGGUGAAUUGUAACUCGAGUUCAGGCAAAUAGUUUACUGAGCUCUACAAAAAUCAGUAGGCUAUUAAGAAGAAUAGCAAGAGAUGUAGAAAUCACUGUUACACUAUUACACCAGCAAAAGUGCGAAGCUGUAGAAGGUGAAGGCAAAUUGUAAAAGUGCAAAUAGACUGAAGUUAGUAGAAACACACUUGGCUACCAUAAGGACCAUGCUUUACUGUAAGAAAUAAUGUAGCAGAUCCUCAGUUAAAAUCCUAAGAAAUAUUAGUAGUGUCUAAUGUUGUCAGUGGCAUAUAAGUUAAUGCCCAGAUUCUCAUUGGAAAUUCGGGGACCAAUGUAAAAGUCAGCAAAAUGUAAGCUGAAAUGCUGAACUUCCAAAUAUUCUCUGGCAAAGUGAAAUUUUGUACUCAAAGGGACAUACAGGUUUAAAAAAAUAGUAUAAUGCUACAGAGUGCCUAGUAUUGGGCUACCAUAUUUUAACAGUUUAUUUUAAAUACUAGAUUGAGCAGAUUCUGCGGCCUACUUUGAGGUUACACAUUCUGGUGUUUUCCUCCAGUCUCAAUGAAGGUGGUCAUUGAAUCUGAUGGAUGAUCCUCCACUUAGCAUAAACGAUCUUCCAAAUGAAAUUUUGUUGCAGAUCUUUUUUUAUCUUUCUGUUGAAGAUAUAGCACUUAAUGUUCAAUUUGUUUGCAGUCGUUGGUCUGAAGUGUGUUCAAAUGAUGUACUGUGGAAGAACAGCUGUUUAAGUGUAGAGGGAAGUGCAUCCAUUCAAUAUGUUGUGUCACUGUUAAAAAAAGUUCCAAAAUUGCAGUGUUUUUGUAUCUGGUUUAGAUCAUCAGGAGAAGUUCUUAACAGAUUAGCAGAAUUCUGCAAAGAUUUGCGUAAAUUAGACUUCUGUGUGCCUCAGCUCGAGUUACCUUAUGAAGCAUUCAAGAAUCUUGUUUCAGAAUGUCCGAAACUGGAGGAAAUUACUAUCCCAGGAUCUGCGCUAGUAAGAGAAGAAUUGGCAGAACUUGUGGGCCAAUGGGAGUACCUGAAUGACAUUUAUCUUAUAGGCAGAUCAGACAAACCCAUUGCACUGAAGUAUUUAGCAGAGGGCUGCCCAGCGUUACAGCAUUUACACAUGCGUUAUGUUGUGUGCAGUUUUACUGAACUAGAAUAUUUCUUAGAGAAAAAGAAGAACAAGCUACUGAGUUUAAGCAUUAGCCCACUCACUCAAGAUGGCAGGUGUGUGAUUCCUCUCCUUGACAUUUGUAAGGACAGGCUGGAAAAACUGCAGUUAGAAGACAGCAAAUAUUGCUACAUUGAGUCACACAAUUUUGGUAUCAUAAAAACACUGAAAAACUUGAAGGCCCUGAGCAUAAAAAUUCCUCGUGGUGUAAGAACAGAUGUGAUGUCAGAUAUUUUUGAAGAAAAGGCAUUGAGUCAGUUACAAGAACUUGAACUAAACAAUUAUGCAGAAAUAAAUGACACUCUGGUUAACACUAUUUGUAGUAACUGCCCAAAUCUCUUGAGAUUGGCUCUCAGAUAUUCAACACGUAUUAGUGAUGAUGCAAUGAGGAAUCUACACAAAUGCAAGAACCUGGAAGAUUUAGAUUUGUAUUAUUGCACAGAACUUACAGAUGUCGCUGUGGACUUUGUUUUAAAGUGUAGUAAAUUGAAGUACCUCAAUCUUGGUUUCUGCAAACUAACAGAGAAAAGCUUAACACGUCUUAUAGUUCUGACUGAACUUAGAGAACUGAUCCUUGAUGCAAUUAAUGUUGCAAGUCUUCCCUUGCAAGUUUUUCCUCAACAUUUGACGAACCUUAGAGAGCUUAAACUUGAUUACUGUAUGAACAUUGAUAAUGAAGCACUAGCUAUUCUCUGUGCUGAAAUGCCUCAUUUAAGAGUAUCAACAAAACAAGCUGAACUGUGUCCUUGACUGCUUCAUAUUCUUAUAUCAUUAUUAAAAAUCUUUGCUAAAAACAGUGACAUUUCUUUGCUGUGAAUAUUGUAUUUAUCACUUAUAAUAUUGUUUUCAUGUCAGUUACA